GCAUUGAAUCCCAUCAUGCUUUGCCGUACCCGCCGAGCCGAGCUCCACCGAUGCUAAGCUAACUGCCUUUAGCUACCGGGAGCGGACAUGUUGUACGGACCCUUCCGCGGAUAAACGUCGCUAUAAGCGGGGAAUCUGCUGCGGAGGGGCAGGCUCGGGGGCGUCGGGCAGCCAUGGACGCCGUCAACGCCUUUAACCAGGAGUUAUUCUCCCUGAUGGACUCAAAGCCCCCGAUCUCUCGGGCGAAGAUGAUAUCCAUCACCAAAUCGGCCAUCAAAGCUAUGAAACUCUACAAACAUGUGGUCCAGAUUGUGGAAAAGUUUGUCAAGAAGUGCAAGCCUGAGUACAAGAUAGCGGGCCUGUAUGUGGUGGAUUCCAUUGUUCGGCAGUCCAGACACCAGUUUGGAUCGGACAAGGAUGUGUUUGGCCCAAGAUUUACCAAAAAUAUCACAGGAACGUUUGAGAACCUCUGCCUUUGCCCUGUAGAAGACAGGAGUAAGAUUGUGCGGGUGUUGAACCUGUGGCAGAAGAAUGGGGUGUUCAAGAUCGAGAUCAUUCAGCCCCUCCUGGACAUGGCUGCUGGGUCUAGCAGUGCUGCUGCCCACUAUAUGGGCACAGAUGAGCCAGGUUCUUCUCCACCUCCAGCCAAAGAGUCGGUUACUUCGGUAACGGCAAACUCCACCAUGACGUCCACUGCUCAGCUGCAAAACACUGAUGCCUUCGCUGCCGUGGCUCAGCUCUUCCAGACGUCACAGGGUCAGCAGCUUCAACAGAUGCUCCAGAACAUUCAGCAGCAGCCAGUGAAGCCAGACACCAACACUCAUCCUCCUCUCCAUACGAGCCAAACACAGGCCCAAAACAUCACCGCCGGCCUGGGCGUGGGCACGCCACAUCCUCCCCUGCCCACCCAGCAGAAAACCCCCUUUGACAAGAAAUUGCUGGAUCGUUUUGACUACGACGAUGAACCAGAUGUUGGAGAGGACUCAAGAAAGGAUGACAUUGCAUCACAGCCCUCUUUUAUGCAGCAACCUCCGGCCUUCCCACAGCACAUGGAGCACUUUAAUCCGUCGAUGAUUAACAUGUCGCAAGACCUCUCACAACAGGUUCCUCUUCCGCCUAAUGGCCAGCACCAGGGCUAUGGUUUACCAUCAGGACAAAGCUUCCCAGUUAUGAUGCCUCCUAUGGGGCACGCUCUGCCAGGGCAGCCCCUCCCUGGUUCGACUGGGCUUCCAGGUUUCCCAGGGGUAUUUCCUCCCCACAACGCAGCCCAGCAGCAACAGGAUUUGUCAAUGGAUGUGGACCGCUCGUCUGUGAGGGACGGCAGACAUGGCCGAAGGUCGCCACACUCAGGCUCCAGGUCUCCAAAGCGGAGGAGGUCACGGUCUAAUUCUCGCACUCGACGGUCCAGGCACAGGCGAUCCCGCUCGCGCUCCAGAGACCGCCGUCACCAUUCCCCGCGCCCUCGCUCGCUGGAGCAAAGGGAGAGAGAGAAAGAGAGGGAGCGACGGCAGAAGGGCCUCCCCCCACCCAAGAGCGAGACACUAAGCAUUUGCAGUACAACUCUGUGGGUGGGCCAGCUGGACAAGAGAACACAACAGCAAGAUGUCGCCUGUAUACUGGAGGAGUUCGGGGAGAUAGAAUCCAUCAAUAUGAUUCCUCCACGUGGCUGUGCCUAUAUUGUCAUGAUUCAUCGUCAAGAUGCCUUCAGGGCUCUGCAGAAGCUUGGCAGAGGAUCUUACAAAGUUAACCAGAAAGCCAUAAAGAUUGCUUGGGCUUUGAACAAGGGCAUAAAGGCUGAGUUCAAACAGUACUGGGACGUGGAGCUGGGUGUCACCUACAUACCUUGGUCUAAAAUCAGAGAGGACCAGUUGGAGGAGCUGAAAGAAGGAGGAAUACUGGAUGGAGACACCUUGUCACCAGAGUGGAGUGGAGCGAGGAAGUCUCUGGACCAACCAGAGGAACUCACCCACAACGGCCGUUUAGAGCCACAGCAGCCGGAGGAGAUGCCAACGUUACCUGUGCCUGCAGCAGCUGCUCCUCCUGCACAGGUUCCUCCAAUGCAGCAGCCAAUGGUUGGUGUGGGUUCUCUCCAGCCUCCGGUCUUUCCUGGUCCUAUAGGCAUGCCACCGCCUUCCUUCCCACCUGGCGUCCCCCCUCCUCCUUUCAUCAGACCCGGCUUCAACCCUAUGCAGAUGCCUCCAGGUUUCCCUCCUCCAGGAUCUAUGCCUCUAGGUCCCCCACCUCCUUCCAAAGGUGGAGUUGAGGACCAGAACCUGGACCCAGCCGGUCUGGGCAACAGGAAAAACGAUGAGGGCCCAGAGGGUCCCAACAUCUUCAACAACCAGAUGGGACCUAUGGGUAACCAAGUAGGUGGCCCACCAGGUGUCCCACCAGGUGCUCUUUCAGGUAUACCUCCAGGUGGUCAUCCAGGAAACAUCCAGCCCCCCCCUGGUGGUCUGCUCGGUGCGCGGCCUGGCAUAAUCCCACUCCAGCGUCCUCCCGUUCCCCAACUUCCACACUUGCAGCGUUUCCCUCCACCUCACGCAACAAGACCACCUCACCCCAACAUGCCCCCUAUGCCCCCACAGAUGAUUCCCAGGGGGCCACACCCUCAGAUGAUUCACCACGAGCCCCCUCCACCCAAAGGGGGCUUUGGGAUGCCGCCUCCCCACAGUAUUCGGGCUCCUUUCCCGCCUCAUGGGCAUGGCCCCCCUCCUCCUCAAGGUCCUCCUCCUCCUCCUCCUCCUUUUAUCAGACCAGGGGCCCCUCGUGGUCAGGAAGGGCCAGAGGAAAUAGAGGGGAGACCGUUCAGGGGAGACAGGCCUGGAUUCAGGGACAGAGAGCCAGAUAGGGACAGAGACUGGGAUCGGGACAGGGACAGAGAGAGGGACAGAGGUUUUGGAGGUGGAAGGCGUCCAUUUGGUGAUGGGGGGAGGGGAGGAGGCGGAGAGAGAAUGGAAGGGAGAGACAGGCUCGGAGGCUGGCAGGAGGACGGGGGCAAUCACCGUGGAGGAGGAUGGGAGAGAGAUAGGGACAGAGAUAGGGACAGAGACCGUGAUCGUGAUAGAGACAGACGGGACUGGAGGGAGAGGCGGACCAGUCUAGAUAAGGAUAGGGAGCGAGGGAGAAGUGAUGACGGGGAGAAGGAUCACGGGAGAGGGGAAGGAGGAGAAAGGGGAAGGGGAGAGGGAGGCAGUCGAGAAAGAGCGAGAGGAGCAGAAGGAAAAGAAGGGGACAGACCGAGGCGGGAACGGCGAGAGAGGGCCACGCGGUGGGACAGGGAUGAUCGAUUGGCCGAAUUAGAAAACAUGGACAGACUUCAGACCUCGGACAGCACAGAGCAACCUUGUGUGACUCCUGAGGUUGCCGUGGAAACGAGUAAAGAACCGAGUAAAGAACCGAGCGCGGAACCUUCUCAAGAAAAGGCAGAGUCGGAACCUGCCGCUGCGACAGAGCCGACGCCAUCUGAGCCUUUACCUCCAGCUCAAAGUGAACCCACGGAAACAAAACAGGAAGCAGCAUCAUAGACUGGCUCCGACUCCUCCUUCAGCCAGAGACUGCUGCGAACCACUGAGAGACAACAGGUGGUUUUCACUAUGGUCGCCAGCCUCAACUCCUGGCAGAUGAGCUAGUCACCAUUUUUCAGUUGCUAAUGGUCAUUUCUGGGAAGUAACGGAUUUCUUGAAGACAAACAUCUCCGACACAUAUUAUCAAACGUGUUAAAAUGGUAAUUUGUAGUUCAAACAAUUGGUUUAUAUCCCACAAAUUUAUUUUUACUUCACGACCCUCAUCUCCUCACUCACUCACUUAAUGUUAUUUUUAAAAUAUAUUUUUAAAAUUUGCCCAACUAUGACAAACUAAAGAUCAUUUCUAUUAUAGUAGAAGCACCAUUCUUUCUCCUGGUUGUCUCAUCUGUUUUUUCUUGUCAGCCUUUAGGAACAGACAUGAAAGGGCUAUGGUGGCCUUAAAAUCCAAUCAGGUGACUUGUGGUUGAAUACAGACGGGUGUGUGAUUCAAAAUAAUGAAGUAAAAAUAAGACAAGACAGAAUUUUCCCAAACUUGAUCCUUUUGAUCACGAAUCUGUGACAUAUUUACUGGCCAAUACCCCAAAUCCUUCAAAAUCUACUUUCAAUACAUGGUCUUAAUUUAAAAGAAUACAAUUUUUUACACAUUAGUGCUGAGACUCUUCCAAACACAGAACUUAUUAGAAGCUGAGCUUAUUCUCACCACGUCCCUGAAUCUAAGUUAGUCACCAUCAUUUACUGAUCAUUGGAAUUAAACCCGAUUACUUAUGAAAGAAGUAACAUCUUUUUGGGACUCAGGGAUGCUUCACGUUUUUUGACACGACUGUACUUAUACAGAUUACCUUUCAAUCGUAUUGAAUUACUGGACAAAUGCAAACCAUUGUCAGGGCUGAAAGACUUCGACUGUGGCAUAGUAAAAUGUAUUUUGCUUAACAGACAUUGUGACUGACUCAGAGCCGUUUCACUUAAAGACAUUUCAGCAUUAGCAUGCUCACAAACUAUCAAUGAAAGAAUAAGGAAAUCCAAGCUUAUUGUGACUUAUCUCCCGUGAACUAUUUCUGGAGUAAACAAAAAUGAUUAUAUUUUAUAAUGAGAAUCAGAAGUUGGAGUGAAUUAGAUCUACUACUAGAAGAGUAAUUGUUUUACAAAACUGAAUUUGAGUACGUCCAUUUGUAAAGAAACUGAUUUCUACCCAGAUUUGCCACAGCUGUUCAAAAACAGCUGAAGUUUCAUCUUGGUUUCUGUUAUAUGUUUAGAUGAAGUUCUCAAAACUAACAUCUACAUCAUAAAAGUUGAGUAAAAUGUCAUUCAAAAGUUCUCAGAUGUGUACCCUUAGUCAUUUUUUUUUUUUGGCAGUCUAAAUCUCAUACUCUUGCCUAAAGGUGUAUUUUUUCAGUUAAAUAAAUAAAGCAGAAACUUUUUGUGGCUCCAACUGAGGAAAAUCCAACUAAAGUUCAUUUCAAGUAUUGUAACAAAAAUCCAGGGGCCAGCUUUGGCGUUCUUUUGUAAUCAGACAGGCUCGGAAAGAUUUAUGUUUAUGGUUUUUUCCUGUGUGUAGGGAAGAAGGGGUAUGUUAUCUUUUGACUAGAUAAAAAAAAAAGCUGAAUUGUGUUUUGGAAUCUUCAUCUAUUUAUCUCAUGUAUGUCAGAAAUCUUGUUUUCCAUAUGAAAAUGCAAAAAUGAAUCCCUGAAGCUGAAAAUGUUUUUUGACUGAUAAACACAGCCUGCAAACUUAGUUUCCGUUAGACUGUAGACAUAUUUUGUGUUGACACCAGAUUCCCAACAAAUCCCAACUCUUGCUCCCUCAUAGAUUUGACACGGAGGCACCACGGGCCGAACUAAUGUGAUGAAAUGAAGAAUACUGCUCGGGACACACUGCUGUAAAUAUGCUUGUAACACUGACGCUUCUACAGGUGUCAUGGUCAUUGUUGUUAAUAAUAUGUGACUCGUUAAUCAGAGACAACACGUUGACUUUGAAGGAUUAACAGAGGCCCUUUGCUUUAAGGUUUUUAACUCCUGAUGGUUUGAACGUUGACGGAUGUUUCUAUGAUUUGUUAAAAUUACAAAAGACAUGGACAUAAAAUCGUCGAUAUUUCAACCAUAGGAAAUUGUUUUUAAUAAACUAUUUUUUUACCAAA